UUAAUGAUUUUUAGCUUUUACCACAACACCUUUCACUUGCUGAGAACUAUACAGCAAAACAGGACGUUGUUGGCUGCAGCAGUCUUUAGAGAUGGCUCUACCUCCUUCCCUCCGUUCCACUGGCUACUACAAAGGACAUCCCAUUGAUCUCAACGACCCCAUAUGUCUGUCUCUUCCGAGGGACAUUAUUUGGCCGCUGUGUCUUCAUUUGUCCAACGAGCAAGCUCUUAUAAUGGACAGCGGAGGUGGCGACUGGCGUACACUCGCUGAUUUCAUAGGCCUGCCCCUGAGGAUAAUAGAAAUGAUAGAAGACUACAGAGGAGACAAGACGAAAGCCUUCACUCUCUUUAAGCUAUGGGAUAGAGGUAUUCCAGUCAAUCCCGGCUCUCUCCUCAAGCUAAUCGUUGCUUUACACAAGUCUGGCUUUAGGGACUCAUAUUUGAGGGACUUUAUAGUGUCUCCACUACAAGGAUGCAUACCUUUCCAAGACAUCAAGGAUUACAUUGACAGGCUAUCACCGGACGAGAUGUGUCAAAUGUUCCCACGUCUAACUGUGAACGAUAUACAUUGGGACGAAGACCUUGAGGCGACCGUUGUCACACUAUCGGACGAGGUUGGGUCUACCGGAGGACGAAGGAGCCCCACUGGCAAAAGAGAUCUUUAUCUUCCCCAAUCAGCCUCAGCUCGCAUCAUUAAAGACAGCAUAUUCAUAUCACAUUAUUAUGAAUCAAGGAGCAAGGACUACAAGAGAGAAGUUGAGAACAUUGCGAAAAUUUUUAAACAUCGCGGACACUGUGUUUGGUUUGGUCCGACUAUUACUGGUCCCGAGAGAGAUCACUGUAUUCGUUCAGCUGAGACAAUCCUUGUUGUGUUCAAUGUCGAGUAUCAACAAGCAGAAAGAAACUUCUAUCGCAAGGACCAAUGCUCCUGUGUGUCACCAGACAUCUUGUCUAUUAAUAAUUUGUUUUACAAUGUGACAGGGGGCAGACAGAGGAUAAUUCCUGUCCUUAUAGACAAGUGUCCUCGUGUUAAUGACCUUCCUGUCUGGUUGACUAGCGUCCCUAAAGUACACUACCCCAGUCAGACUAAGGCACUGGUUCACAUUGUUCAAGGGGUCAAAGAGUACGAGACUCCAAAAAUAACUGAAGUGAGACGAGUGAAGCCUAAAGUUAUCGACAAAGACGCAGUAAUGAGAAGAUUCGAAAAGAACAAGAGAUCGUGAUACUACUGUACGUGUCAGUUACAAUUCUUCAUGUUAACACAACUGAGUCUGUAUAAUUACGUGUUCUAAUCAUAUAAUCAUUCUUGACACUUGUUGCCAGGAAAUUCCAAUGUCUAAAUAUAAUUUCCUUGGCUUUCCUCUUUAUUUAAUAUUAUUAUAAUUAUUA